AUGCAGGCGAUGCUGAUGGUUAUUUUCCUUCUAGUUUCAGAGCCCACCAUGAAGAGACUCCUGGUACUUUGUGACUGCCUCUGGGCCUGGACCCUUCUUCUGAAUGCAUUGACUGAAAGAAGCUACGGACAAACCUCAUCACAAGAUGAACUUAAGGACAACACCACAGUAUUUACCAGAAUAUUGGACCGUCUGCUGGAUGGUUACGAUAACCGCUUGAGACCAGGACUGGGAGAGCGUGUCACUGAAGUGAAGACUGACAUCUUCGUCACCAGUUUUGGGCCCGUUUCAGACCACGAUAUGGAAUACACUAUAGAUGUAUUUUUCCGCCAAAGCUGGAAAGAUGAGAGAUUAAAAUUCAAAGGACCUAUGACUGUUCUCCGGUUAAACAAUUUAAUGGCCAGCAAAAUUUGGACACCCGAUACCUUUUUCCACAAUGGAAAGAAGUCGGUGGCUCAUAACAUGACAAUGCCAAAUAAACUAUUACGAAUUACAGAGGAUGGGACAUUGCUCUACACAAUGAGAUUGACUGUGAGAGCAGAAUGUCCAAUGCAUUUAGAAGACUUUCCCAUGGAUGCGCAUGCUUGCCCUUUGAAAUUUGGAAGCUAUGCUUAUACCAGAGCAGAGGUUGUGUAUGAAUGGACACGGGAACCAGCAAGGUCAGUGGUUGUGGCUGAAGACGGCUCUCGAUUGAACCAAUAUGAUCUGCUUGGACAAACUGUGGACUCUGGAAUUGUUCAGUCCAGUACAGGCGAAUAUGUUGUUAUGACUACACAUUUUCAUUUGAAGAGAAAGAUCGGUUACUUUGUCAUCCAGACUUACCUGCCAUGCAUCAUGACAGUGAUACUGUCACAGGUGUCCUUCUGGCUUAACAGGGAAUCUGUCCCAGCAAGGACUGUAUUUGGAGUCACGACUGUCCUGACAAUGACCACUCUGAGCAUCAGCGCGAGGAACUCUCUGCCCAAGGUGGCCUAUGCCACGGCCAUGGAUUGGUUUAUCGCCGUGUGCUACGCCUUCGUGUUUUCCGCACUCAUCGAAUUUGCAACAGUGAAUUACUUCACAAAGAGAGGCUACGCAUGGGAUGGCAAAAGUGUCGUUCCCGAAAAGCCAAAGAAAGUGAAGGAUCCUCUCAUUAAGAAAAACAACACGUACACAGCUGCAGCUACGAGCUACACCCCCAAUAUUGCAAGGGACCCUGGGCUGGCAACCAUUGCUAAAAGCGCAACCAUCGAGCCCAAAGAAGUUAAGCCAGAAACAAAACCUGCAGAACCCAAGAAAACUUUUAACAGCGUCAGUAAAAUCGAUCGACUAUCAAGAAUAGCCUUCCCCUUGCUUUUUGGAAUCUUUAACCUAGUCUAUUGGGCUACCUAUUUAAACCGGGAGCCGCAGUUGAAAGCUCCAACUCCACAUCAAUAACCUCAUUUAUCCGUAGAGUCCUGUUUUGUCUUUCGCUCUGGGAAUUGCUUCCCGUUGUCACAUAGAGUAAUUCCCAUUUGCUUCAUUGCCUCUGUCUUAAAAGAAAAUAAAGGUUUCCUUAUUUAACAAAAGGUAAAAAAUAGAUCUGUAUAUUUUAAAGACUUGUGUAUGAGAGAGAACAAUGGAAGUUCUGUGCUUUGGGAAAGGGAUUUUGAAGACAGGAAAGAGAGAGUUAUAAAGUAAUGGGAGAAAAAAAAGAAAAAAUAAAAGAAAAUC